CCUUCCCCAAGCCACAAAACUCCAAACCGCACCACGUCCCCAUCCCGCCGCCGCCUCCAUGAAGGGAGCCGUGGAGGUCAAGCUGACGAAGGACACUCCGGCGCGCCGCGGUUGGGGGUGGUGGCGCGACGACGGCAACGUCGACGACGGCGACGUCGGCGUCGUCCGGAUCGGUCGCAACCUGGCCAUCGUCGACACCACCUUCUCCGAGAGCGACGAAGUCACCAAGCGCUGGCUCGCUGAGGCCGCGUCCCUCGCCCGCGGCCGCCACCUCCGCGCGCCCCUCGUCGCGGGCCUCGUCGCGCUGCGCGGCCGCGACCCCUCCAGUGUGGACCGCUACUGGUGGCGUGCCGACUCGGGAUUCAGCCCGCACGACCCUGCCAACCCGAUCCGCUGCGUCGCGCUGUGCCUCGGCGGCUCCCGCGUCCUCGUCUACUGCCCCAACGCGCACGGCUUCCGCAUCCGCAGGCACGAGCGCUCCCCUGUCAACAGCCGGCUCGUGUUCUACGGCAACAACAUGAACAAGCUCCGCGCGUUCCUGGACGACAAGCGCAUCACCGUGGCCUGCUUCGGCCCGCGGGAGGCAGCGAAGAAGCUGGCGAACGAGUGGGGGCUGCACGUGGCGCGGCCGGCGGAGCUGACGGAUCUGUUCGCGCGCGCGUACGGGAAGGAGGCCGGGGUGGACGCCGAGAAGGCGAAGCCGAAGAAGCGCGCGAGGUACUGGAUGGGGAAAGCGGCGCUCGCGAGGGCGAGGGCCAAGGCCGAGCGGGACGACUACGACAGCGACGACGACGAGGAGGGUACCAACCAGUGGAAGCGAGCGGAGAAGGUGGUGAGGGGCCUGAGCCUGGAGCGCAUGGCGCUCGUGGCGCUCGGGCGGGAGAUGCGGCUGGCGCGCUGCCCGGCGAAGGUGGCGGAUGCGGACUGGAGCGGCCGCUUCGACCUGGGCGAGGAGGAGUGGGCGUACGCGACCCGCGACGCGUACCUCUGCUUCGAGAUCGCGGCCCGCUGCCUCCAGAAGCUCGGCAUCCCCAUCGGCGCCUGAGGAGUGCGCGGCCGGCGCGGUCCCACUAGAGGUCAUGAUCUGAACUUAGCUCUGCGUAUCUUUCGUUCAGUUUUGCUGCUGCGUUUAGUUUGCUCUGUCACGUUGGUUGGUAAUCCUUCAGUAGUAGUAUGGUA